AUGCGCUGGCUGUCUGCUCAUCGCUGUGCUCCCACGUGUGAGUCUGGGACGGUCGUGCUGGGUGUGAAAGUCUGCCAGGAGAGACUGGGAUUUCUGGUAGGAAACAUGACCUGCCUGUCUGAAUUUGCCCACACCAUAGUCCUGACAGCUCUGUUCAUUAUCGGGAUUAUUGGAAAUGGGUUUCUAGUGGUCGUGAAUGUUAGUAAACUCAUUCAGAAGAAGAGGAUGAUCUCCAUCGAACUCCUCCUCACCUGCCUCGGGAUGUCACGGCUUGGCCUGCAGAUUUUGUUGACACUUCAGGGUGUCCUCAGUAUCUUCUUUGCCAAUGUUUACCUGCGGAACAUUUAUGGAUCUCUGUUCCUUUUCAUCUGGAUGUUUCUAAACUCCUCCAGUGUCUGGUUUGCCACCUGCCUGAGCAUUUUCUACUGCCUUAAGAUCUCUGGCUUCACACAUCCCUCUUUUCUGUGGCUGAAGUUCAGGGUCUCCAGAGGAAUGCCCUGGAUGCUCCUGGGCAGCCUGCUGGCCUCUGUAGUCACUGCCAUCUUGUGCGCCUGUACACUGGAUUACUCCCUAGAGUCCUGGCCCAGCAACACCUCCCUGGACAGCUCCGACCCUGAGAAAGUGGUCGUCAGUGACGUGUUCCUGGUCAACCUGAUUCUGAUGCUUCCUCUGGGCCUGUUUGUCGUGUGCUCAGCGACAUUGCUUGCCUCUCUUUACAGCCACACCCAGCGGGUGCAAAGCAGCUCCUCUACCUUGGGGAGCCCCAGCACAGAGGCCCACAUCAAGGCCUUGAGGACGGUGACCACCUUCAUUUGCUUCUUCCUUUCCUAUUUUGCAGCCCUCAUGGUGAACCUGACAUUCAUGGUGCCCUUCAGAAGUUUCUGGUUCUUCUUCGUAAAAGAUGUGAUGGCAGCCUACCCCUCUGGCCACUCUGUUAUCAUCAUCCUGGGCAAUUCCAAAUACCAACAGCCAUUUCGGAGGAUCCUGGGCCUCACAAAGAAGCCAUGA